AUGGAUAAUUAAGAUUAAGUAAGCAUUAACUUAUAAUAUUUUAGUCAAUAAUAGUUGAUGAAGAAUUCUGUGAUAAGAAUCUAUUUAGUCACUAUCAAAAAAGUAAAAGGAACAAUGUUAUAUAAAAUCCUUAAAUUAAUCUCUAUGACUAUUAACUUAAUACUGUGAAUAGAUAUCAUAUAGGAUAUAUUGAUCAUCCUCACAUUAAAUCUAGUAAAAUUAUAAUUUCUAAUAAAUACGAGCACAAAACAUUUCAAUCAAUAAAAAUUAAUUAAAGAAGCACAACUUGUAGAAGCCAAUCUGUUUAGAACUCGAAAAAUCUAAAGAGCCUCUCAAUAGAAAUGCGACAGUUUUAGAUCUAAAAUCCAAAAACAUGUUUUUUCAGAAGCAUUCAGGCAUAGGAAAACUUAAGCCAAUCAUAUAAAAAGAAAUACUAGUAAAUCCAAUCUCUUAGACAUAAAGAUUAACUAUUAAAAAAAAUACUGAAACCCCUGUUGUUGGAAUAUGUAACUCUAAUUACAUUGAAUAAAAGCCAGCCUCUUUUCGUUAUAAUGAUCUUUAAUUAAGUCAAUACUUAGAAGAAUUUAAAUUGUUAAAAUAAGAAACUCUAACUACAGUGAUUUUACCUCAUGUCUCUUUUAAUAAAAAUAGAACCCAAAACAAUCAAACUUAAACAACCAAUAGAUAUUAAACUAAUAAUAAUUACUAUUCUAAUAUAAUCC